AUGGAGUUCGACGGAGAGCGAAGGAGGCCACAAGUGGUCAACACCGCUGGCAAAACAACUGGCGGAAGCAGUUACAUAGCAUCCUACAUGCGGCAAUGUCUCACUUCUGACCUGGGUGGCUACUACACAUCAUCUGCCCCAUCGGAACAUGAUCAGUUCGGGUCCAAAGGAGAUUUCGUGACAUCGCCAGAGAUCAGUCAAAUCUUCGGCGAGCUCAUCGGUAUCUGGGUUGUGGCAGAAUGGAUCGCUCAAGGCAGGAAGGGCGAUGGGAUCUACCUCAUGGAGCUGGGUCCUGGGCGGGGAACGCUCAUGGACGACAUGCUUCGAACAAUACGCAACUUCCCAGACAUGACAAAGGCUAUCGAGGCAGUCUACAUGGUGGAAGCCAGCCCGAGGCUACGCGCGGCUCAGCACAAGCUCCUAUCUGGCGACAGACCUUUGACAGAGAACGAAUUCGGUCAUGAGAGCACCAGCAGGCACUCCGACGACCUCAAGAUCAUCUGGGCGGAAGACUUGAGACUCGUGCCCAAAGAGGCAAGCAAGACGCCUUUCAUAGUCGCUCACGAGUUCUUCGAUGCCUUGCCGAUUCACGUAUUCCAAGCCAUGCCACAGCCCAAGCAACAGGAUGACGGUUCUUCCACAAUCCAGACGCCGACCGGACCCAUCGAACCUAAGCAGAGGCUGAAGCAGCAGCAAGACCAGAGUCAAUGGCGGGAGCUUCUUGUCUCACCAAAGCCGCCACACCGGUUGAAGGAAGGCGAGCCAGAAUUCGAACUGUCUCUAUCACGAAUGGCCACGCCACAUUCGAUGUACCUGCCUGAGACCUCGCCCCGAUACCAAGCUCUGAAGAAUACAGAUGGAGCAACGAUCGAAGUCAGUCCGGAGAGCCAGUCGUAUGUUCGAGAUCUCGCUAUCAGGCUAGGCGGUUCCAAUCCAACCCCUGCGACAGCACCUCCACCUUCGGCCGCGGCGGGUAGACGAGUGGGGUCAGCAGUAAUGGAAGAGCCAGUCAUAAAAACACAGCCCUCUGGUGCAGCUCUCUUCAUCGACUACGGCCCAGCAUCCACAAUCCCAGCCAACUCUCUCCGAGGUGUCCGAUCGCAUGAACGUGUCUCGCCAUUCGAAUCUCCCGGUGUCGUAGACAUUAGCGCCGACGUCGACUUCAUGGGCCUUGCCGAAUCAGCCAUCAACUCUUCGCCGGGUGUUGAGGUCCAUGGGCCGGUGGAUCAGGCUCGCUUCCUAACCGCAAUGGGCAUUGAGGAGCGCGCAUCGCAGCUGGUAAAGCGUGCUGUGGACAAGGAGCGUGGAGGAUCGACUGGACAGGACAAGGGCGAGCUUACGGAGCUGGUCAAGAGGGUGGAGAGUGGGUGGAAGCGGCUGGUAGACCGGGGCCCUCAGGGCAUGGGUUGCUUGUAUCAGGUGAUGGCUGUUGUGCCUCACAUUCCGCCACAGCCAGGUCAGCAGCCACGGCGACCUGUUGGUUUUGGCGGUGAUGUACCCAUGUAA